AGGUAGUUAGCUAUGCGAGCUACUUUGCGCUAGCCAGAAGAAGCCAAUGGACGAAAAACAUUCGAUGCAGUUUGAUGAUGUUGACCCGGACAAGGGUAUCUUGUUAGUUCAUACGUUAGGCAUUGAGAAACUAUGUUACUCUAUCAACGCAUUUGAAAUAUAAUGGCAAUUUGUUUUAAUGGAAGAUCAAAUAGGAUUGUUUUGUGUCACUUGACAGGACUUGUCUCGGCAGUAAUUCUACGACUCGGUUGGUAGCACCAAUCUGCUGCAGAGACAUCGCGACAACGCCAGCUAGCAAUAUUAGUCUAGCUAGCUCUAACUACUUGCAAUGUUAGCUAUUGUAGCUCAGUUGGUUAUUACUACCUACCCCUGACUCGGUAGCUAAUUCAGCAGGUUUGGCCCAUCUGAUUCGAGUUACUUAUCACAAAAGGUGUCAUAACUCUCUCAGUCCAUGAUCCGGAUAUUUGGGCUCGAGAUGUGUGCUUUCUGGGUGACUAGCUCAUUCAAAGGAACUACUAGCAACCUAACGUUUUCAACGUCGUCGCUCUAGUUAUCCAGUCCCCAACGGCGUGCUUGCUGGCGUUAGGCUAACGCGACGUAGAACUCUUACUAGCUAGCUAGCCACCCGCCGUGCACUUCCCCCACUCCUCUACCUUUUCAGCCGGCUAGCAAGUUGUAGCCCGCUGCUUAGAAUGAAACAACCAGGAAUGUGGCUUUCCUGUUCUGAUGUAUGAGGACACUACCAUCAAAUUGUAAGAUCUCUGUCAAGGAGGUCAAAACUAGUAGAGGGGAUGGAUGAGCAGAAAUCAAACUGCGAAGAGAAUGACUCUGAACCAACAGCUGAUGACAGCGCCAGUAUAAAGCAGCCUCUGCCCUCAGAGAGUGUGUUAGCUGCCCCUCCGCCAGCAGAGGAUGUGUCUGACACUCCUGCUGCCACUUUCCACACACCUGUGGAGGGCGCGAGGGCCUGCGCUCUCUGUAACUGCGUGGAGCGCAGCUUGCAUGGACAACGGGAGCUCCGCCAUUUUGGGCCAUCUUCCGAGCGGCCGCCCCUGGAGCCCUCAGAAUCCUCACUGCCGGGGCCCGGGAACGAUGACCUGUCUUCCAUCGGACUGUCCGAGUCCUGCGUGGCAGCGCUCUUCGACGAUACGGGGGGCUGCUGGCUGCAUCACUGGUGUGCGGUGUGGUCAGAGGGGGUAAAGCAAACGGGGGCCGAAGAGCUGGAGAACGUGGACAAGGCCGUCAUCUCAGGGACACAGAGGCUGUGUGAAUAUUGCAAAAGGCUGGGCGCGACCAUCCGCUGCCGCGCCGAGGGCUGCUCACGGUUCUACCACUUCCCCUGCUCGGCCGCCAGCGGCUCCUUCCAGUCUUUGAAGCAGCUGGCUCUCCUCUGCCCCGAGCACAUCGACAAGGCUGAGGAGAUGGUCGGCGAGGAGGCGCGCUGCGCUGUGUGCGACUCUGCCGGAGAGCUGGCGGACCUGCUGUUCUGCACGGGCUGCGGCCAGCACUACCACGCCGCCUGCCUGGAGAUCAGUGCCACGCCCAUCCAGCGCUCGGGCUGGCAGUGCCCGGAGUGCAAAGUGUGCCAGACCUGCAGGCAACCAGGAGAGGACUCUAAGAUGCUGGUGUGUGACGCCUGCGAUAAGGGUUAUCACACCUUCUGUUUGCAGCCUGCCAUGGACUCCCUCCCCUCCGACCCGUGGAAGUGUCGACGGUGUCGCGUGUGCACGGACUGCGGCGCCCGCGGGCUAACGCUGCCGGGCUCGGCCCAGUGGUUCGACAACUACGCCCGCUGCGAGGGCUGCCAGCAGCGCCGCGCCUCCGCGUGCGGCGUCUGCGGGAAAGCGGUGGAGCCGUCGGUCAGCCCGCAGCGCUGCUCCGCCUGCCAGCGGUGCGUGCACAGCGAGUGUGCCUCGGCGGCGGCGGCGGCGGGGGAGGCGCCCCCCGCCGGCGAGAAGCGCGCGUGCCUCCUCUGCGGGGCGUCCCAGCCGGAGCCAGCCAUCCAGGCAGACGCGGCGGCGGAAGCGAGAACCCCCGAGACCCGGGAGACCACGGUGGAGGUGACGAUCCAGAUGACUGCCGACCAGGAGGGGGAGGAGAAGGAGGAGAAGGAGGAGAAGGAGGAGGAGGCGGUGGCCCAGGCGGAGGGGAAGCCAGACGAGGAGACGCCCAUGGAGCUGGGAAUGGAGCCGGGUGGGGUUGAGAAGGCUGCAGACGGCGGCGCAGUAGAGGAGGGGCCUCGGCAGGAACCGAAGGACGCUGUCCCCUCCGAACUCCCCACCCCCUCUUCUGACGUCCCAGAAGAAGGCGUGAACUCGGAACAGGAGGCCUCAUGUUUGGCUGCAGAUGGAGGUGAAGAGAGGACGGGGGAGGCUGCCAGCCCUGUCCCUGGCCCCCCAGUAGAGGCUGGCUCUGAGGCUGAGCGCACAGCAGCACCAGAGCAGGAAGAGGAGGAGGAGGAGGAGACGGAGGUCAAGCCCUCAGCAGAGCAGCCCACCACACAAGAAGAGGAGCAGGGUAGUGAGGAAGUUCACCCCCCAAAGCCAUCCAACCAAGCCUCGCCCCAGUCACCCGCCCCUGCCACCUCCACACAGGAGAAGGAGGAGGAGCCUGCCUCCAUGGACACGGAAGAGGUGGCGAUAAAGGAAAAGGCGGCCCCCUCCUCCUCUCCUCCCCCCCCGGCUCCCCGGAAGAGCGCGGACGCGGAGGACAGGCCCGUCCCCUCCGACGAGGAGGAGGAGGAGGACGAGGACGCCAAGGGCGAGGAGGACGAGGAGGAGGACGAGGAGGAGCCCGUGAAGAUCAAGGUGGAGCCGGCGGAGCAGGAGGGCAAGGCGGACCUCCUGCUGGACGACACGUCCAACCUGAGCCACGGGGACGAGAGCAGCAGCGGCUUCCUGGGCUCCCCGGCCGAGCCCGACGCCCAGCUGUCCAUGGAGCUGAGCCUGGUGCCGGCCGGGCGCUCGCGCUCCGACUCGCUGCUCACCGAGACGGACGACUCGCUGCCCUUCGACCCGCUCAAGUGCGACGGGGACAAGGCCAAGAGGAGGGGCUCGCCCGGGCGCUCGAGAGUCAAGCAGGGGCGGAGCAGUGGCUUCCCAGGCAAGCGGAGGCCCAGGGGAGGAGGAGGAGGCGGAGUGGGCGCCGGCGGUGGCAGGGGUCGCGGGAGGUCACGCCUCAAAGCCAUGGCCUCUUGCAUCGACGCCUUCCUGCUGAGUAUGACGUCAGACACUGGAUUGAGCAAGGAGGAAGAGGAGGAGGAAGAUGACACCAUGCAGAACACGGUGGUGCUCUUCUCCAACACGGACAAAUUUGUCCUACUUCAGGACAUGUGUGUGGUGUGUGGCAGUUUCGGCCGCGGCGUGGAAGGCCAGCUGUUGGCGUGUGCCCAAUGCGCCCAGUGUUACCACCCGUACUGCGUCAACAGCAAAAUCACCAAGAUGAUGCUGCGCAAGGGCUGGCGCUGUCUGGAGUGCAUCGUGUGCGAGGUGUGCGGCAAGGCCUCGGACCCCGCCCGGCUGCUGCUGUGCGACGACUGCGACGUCAGCUACCACACCUACUGCCUGGAGCCGCCCCUGCACACCGUCCCCAAGGGGGGCUGGAAGUGCAAAUGGUGCGUGUGCUGUAUGCAGUGCGGGGUGAGUUCCCCGGGGUUCCACUGCGAGUGGCAGAAUAACUACACCCACUGUGGCCCCUGUGCCAGCCUGGUCACCUGCCCCGUGUGCCGGGAGAACUUCAUGGAGGAGGAGCUGCUUCUGCAGUGCCAACACUGCGACCGGUGGGUGCACGCCGUGUGUGAGAGCCUGUACACAGAGGACGAGGUGGAGCAGGCGUCUGACGAGGGCUUCGCCUGCACGUCCUGCACCCCCUACAUCCCCAAACCCAUAAUCACCGAGUCAUCCAUCAUGGCGUCAAUAAAGAUCAAGGAGCCAGAGCCCCAGUUCUACAGGCUGGAGGGGGUGUGGCUGACCGAGUCGGGCAUGUCCCUGCUGCGCAGCAUCUCCAUGUCGCCCCUGCACAAGAGACGGCAGCGCCGCAACCGCCUGGGGGCGCUGUGCGGCGACGUGGGGCCCGACGGCAUGGAGCUGAAGGAGGGCGACGCAGACGAGGGCAAAGCCUGUGGAGAGCCCAUGGAGUGCGAGCCCAAGCUGGAACCCCCGGGGAGCCCCGACCGUGACGGAGGAGAGAGGGGGGCGGAGGGGGGCCCCGAGGGCGGGGCUGACUGCGAGGGUCUGAAAGGCGGGGCGGAGGAGAUGGAUGACGGGAAGAAGAGGAAGAGGAAACCCUACAGACCGGGUAUCGGUGGCUUCAUGGUGCGCCAGAGGAAGUGCCACACGCGGAUGAAGAAGGGGCUGUUCGCCCAGCUGUCUGGCGAGGCUGCAGGCGACGGAGAGAAAGUUCUAGAAGAAGGCGAGUCUUUUCACGCAGGGCCCCAUCCGGACACCGACAGCGCUCUGGAGCCGAAGCCCGUCGAGGGUGAGGGGGAGCAGGCCAAGAAACGCAGAGGCAGGAAGAAGAGCAAGCUGGAGGACAUGUUCCCUGGCUACCUACAGGAGGCUUUUUUCGGCAAGACCCUGAUGGACCUCAGUAAGAAGGCCGCCAUGGUGCCCCCGGGCCAGAGGCACGGCUUGGGCCUCCACCGGCCCCCUCCGCCCACCCAGCCGGGGCCCAGACCUCUUGUCCCAGAGGCAGGGAGCGGGGAGCGAGUGAUGGGGGGCGGUCUGCACCUGAAGCAGGAAGCAGGAGAUGGAGGCCAGCCACAUGGAGAGACAGCAGGUGUUUCUGCAUCCAUGCCAUCCACCAAGGAACAGGGCUUAAGCGACCCGCAAGGUUCCAGCGCAGAGAAGUCUGAAGAUCUUCCACAGGGGGUGGACAGCCAGGACUCUGAGCAGUUUUUCCGGAAGGUUCUGGGGGUGUCUGAGGGCUCCUCGCUGGGGGGCUCCCUGCAGGGGGGCAUGAGGCCCAUCCUGGAUGGCAGCAAGGGGGAGCUGAACCGCAGCACUCUGCCGCAGAGAACUGUCCUGUCAGGGUCCCUGCCCUCAGCUGGGAUGAUGGACUCCUUCCCUGGUCUCUCUCAGUCUCCGUUUUUUGACAUGCGGGACCGGGGAGGCCUUUUCAGUCCAGACGGCGGAGAGGAUAGCCCCUGGGCCACCCCCUCCACGCCGGCCACCCCCUCCACCCCACCCACCCCAACGGAGGCCGACGGCGACGGGCUGUCCUACAACCAGCGCAGCCUCCAGCGCUGGGAGAAGGACGAGGAGCUAGGCGAGCUCUCCACCAUCUCUCCCGUGCUGUACGCCAACACCAACUUCCCCACGCUCAAGCAGGAUUAUCCAGACUGGUCCAGUCGGUGUAAACAGAUCAUGAAGAUCUGGAGGAAGGUGUCUGCCGCCGACAAGGUUCCUUUCCUGCAAAAGGCCAAAGACAACCGAGCAGCUCAACGCAUCAACAAAGCACAGAAGCAGGCAGAGAGUCAGGUGUGCAGGCCCAUCAAGUCGGAGCCCACUGGCCGGGUGAAGGGAGAGAGGCCCAGCCUUCACCUCCAGAUCCCGCCCCCCUCAGGUUCUGCCUCCACCUCCUCCCAGCCCAGCUCCGCCGAGAGCCCUUUCCCCUUUCCGCCCGACUCUGGUUCCUCUUCCGCCUUCUUCCCGGAGGGGCCCCUCAAGACUCCGGGGUCUGUGGACGUCCGCUCGGACCCCUUCGCCAAGCUGCCUCCCCAGUCCCCCCACCAUCAUUCCCAUCCCUCCACGCCCUACACCCAGGCCGGGGCCAGCCCCCUGCAGGCCUCCUCAGGUUACCCCCAUAGCGGCCCACAGGGUCUUCCUCAGGGACGGCCGGCCAGCCUCGGCCCCUUCGACAUGCAACCAGGGACUCCUGGGACUCCACGACGGGCCCAGCAGGUGGACCCCUACUUCAGACCGCAGCAGCAGCAACAUGGUCUCCUCCCACAGUCCCAGCAAGGCUCUCAGGAGCACCUAGGACUACCAGGAAGCCCUCGAUCAAGAGGAGGUGGGCCCGGGGACUCCCCCCUAUUCUCCCCGCCCCACACCACCCACUACGGAGACCCUUUCCGAAGCCAGCAAGGGAUGGGGCGGCCGGACUAUGGUUCCACCCCAUCCCCCUCUGCGGUAGUCUCCUCCCCUGCAGGGAUGGGCCAGUACAGGGCUGAUAUGAGUGCUCCCUCCCCCCGCUCCUCCUCUGCCGGCAGGCUGGACCAUGGCACAGGCUCGCCUGCCGGAAUGCUGGAUUCGGAGGACGGACUGUUCAAGGCACCCAUGACCCCACGGAUGCACCAAGGGGAGGGUGGGCAGCUCCAUCCUGGAGCGUCUCCCAACCACCCCUCUGAGGGCUACAGGCAGUCUCCCUCUGACCCCUACACACAGCCCCCCCUCACCCCCCGGCCCCAGCCUGGGGACAGCUGCUCCCCUCUGCCGCAGAGGCACCCUGGGGCCCAGCAGCAGGAGUCCUGCCCUAGAAUCCCCUCCAGCCCUCAGUCCCAGGGCAGCUGUCAGUCCCCCCUCACCCCAGGAGCCCUCUCCAACGAUGGCUUCAACGCCCAGUCACCGGCUACCCAGCGCUUCCAGUCCCCCGACCCUUACUCCCGGCCUCCGUCGCGGCCACAGUCCAGAGACCCGUUCGCUGCCAUGCACAAGCCCCCUCGCCCCGCCUCUGCAACCCCUGAAGGUACCCCCGCCUACAGAGGCUCACCUCACCCCAACCAGCCACCUCAACCUCAGAUACCACCCACCUCUAACCCUGGGGGGGACCCUCUCUCGGGGAAGCCCUCUGCACAACCUGCUUUCAGCCGCAGCCCCAACAUGGCCAGCUAUCAGGCACGCAUGCCUUUUGGUGACACUCAGAUGGGCCAGGUCCAGCUACAGCAGGCCCAGGCCAUGAGUACAGAGAACUUUCACCAGAGGGGGCCCUCCUCUUCCGGCACUCAGGACGCCACGGCGGUCCGCCCUCCAGAGGCACCUCAUCCCCAGGCUAUGCCAGGCCCCCACGAGAUGCCCGACAUGUCUGGAACCCAAGAUCCUGCCCUGGUUGGCCUCAGUCCCUCUGAGUUGGAGAAGCACAGACAGCGACAGAGACUGAGGGAGUUUCUCAUCAGACAGCAAAUGCAGAAAAACACAAUUAGGCAAGAGAAAGAGGCUGCUGCUGCCAACACCGCUGCUCCCAGCUGGCCCGGAGGAGAGAUGGCUGCAUUCCAGCAAGAUAAAACUCACCGUGCACCCCCACCAUACCCUCAGGAUCGAGCUGCUGCUGGCUCUGCUGUUGCAGCGCAGGCUUCAAUGGCAGGGAAUGCAGUCGUCCACCGUCCUCCACCCCCGGGGACACCUGCCAUGAUGGACCCCAAUGCACUCAGACAACCAGGUCCAGGCAAUCCCCAGGGCGUGUACUCUCGCCCUCCAUUCCCUCACCAGUGGCACGGUCAGGCCCCAGGGCCACGGAGAUUCCCCCAGCCACCAGGCAUGGAAGCUGUGGGGCCCCGGCACCACCUCAACGCCCCUAUCAACAUCCAGGCAAUUCAGGGCAUGGCUAACCCCCGUUCCAUGAUGCCUGGCCCUGGAGGGGAAGCCAUGCAGUCCAUGGGCCCCGGGCCCCCGCCACAGUUCAUCGAGCUGAGGCACAACGCCCCGAGGCUUCCCCUGGGACCCCAGUUCCUCCAGCGAGGACCCCCGCCCCGGCCACGUCUGUUCAUCCCUCAGCAGGAUAUGGCCGGCUCUUACGUUCAGCAGGCUCAAAUGCCUCAAGGAGUAGACCCCCAAGCUGACGGUGUCAGAGACUCUCGGAUGGGUUUGCAGCAGGGUGGCCUGUCGAUGAUGAUGCCCCAGCAGAACCCUGUUUCGGUCCCACAUGGCCAGCUCCAGCCCCAGGGAGCCCCUCCUACCCCUCACACUCCCGCCACUCACCCUGGCCAGCAUCAGCAGCCUCCACACGCCAGUACAGAGGCCCAGGCUGCUCCGGUAGACCCCAGUAUUGACCUUCCAGAGCCUGAUCUGGAGGAUCAGUUUGUCCCAAAAGGGCUCGGUGGUGCUACUGGGGAGGGAGGAGUGGAGGAUGAGGACGACCUCGCUCUGGACCUCGACCCUGACAAGGGGGACGACGACCUGGGCAACCUGGAUAACCUGGAGACCACUGACCCACACCUGGACGACUUGCUCAACAGUGAUGAAUUUGACUUGCUGGCUUACACCGACCCCGAACUCGACCAGGGAGACCCCAAAGAUGUGUUUUCGGACCAGUUACGGUUGGUGGAAGCGGAGGGUGAAACACCAGGCCCCUCGUCUACCUCAGCUGGUCCCGACAUCAAAGUGGAAGUUAAACCAAAGGUGGAAAACACUCUCACGAACCCUUCCGGGACCUCAGGUUCCUCUGCCACCCCCCAGACCCUCUCCUCGGAGUCGGCAGACACCUCCAGGGUCAAACUGGAGGACAGAGGCUUGACUUCCCAGCUACAGCCAGGCCAGGCUGUGGUGAAGGACGAAAUGGGCGAGGCUGUGUCCAUGCUGCUGGCUGGGACCACCCAAUCAAAGAAGCCCCCCACACAACCUGAGAACCAGCCUGCUUCGUUGAGCUCUGUACGGUUAGGAGGGGUUCCGUAUUCUCUGUCAGGUCAAGCUGACCCACUAGCUUUCCCCCCAACAAACCCACACCCCGACCUGGAAGAGGACCCACUAGGCCUGCCUGAUGUCGGGGGCCAGCACUCCCCCGCCGUAGACCUGGCUAAAGUGGAGAGCUCCUUGGAGGCGAGUGAACUGCCCCUGCUGAUCCAGGAUCUCCUGGAACACGAGAAGAAGGAGCUUCAGAAGCAGCAGCAGCAGCAGCAGCUCAGCCUCCACCAGGGCGGGAUGGCAGGUCAAAUGCACGGCAUGCCCUCUCAACAGCAGCCCAAUCCCCAAGGGCCUGGGCAGAUCAUGCUGCCGCAGCACCACCGCCCUCCACCACAGGGAAUCAUGGGACAGCCUGGCAUUGGGCCCCGCCCGCCACACCUUAUGCAGCAACAGCAGCAACAAAGGCUUCUGGGAGCUGGGAUGAUACCACCACCACACAUGGCCAUGGCUCAACAGCAGGCCAUGAUGAGGAUGGGGCAGCCAGGAGGCAUGCAUCCAGGUCUAAAUCCACAGCAGCAGCAACAAAUGGUCAAGCAGGCACCGUUGGCCAACAACUUUUUCCCUGACAAAGAUCUCGACAAGUUUGUGACAGAUGACAUCAUGGAUCCCAUAGCCAAGGCAAAGAUGGUGGCUCUGAAGGGCAUCAAGAGAGUGUUGGCGCAGGACCCGAUGGGGGUCCCCCCUGGUAUUAACAGACAACAAGUCUCUCUGCUAGCCCAGAGGCUGGCCUCGGCUCCAGGAACAGGAGAUCAACAAGGUCAAUCUGGCCCAUCUAAGGAGGGUGAAAGUAGUGAGCAAACACUAUCAAGACCGAAUCCUCCACAGUUUGUUCAAGGAAUCAUCAACGACGCAGAGCAGCAUCAGUAUGAAGAAUGGCUCCUUCAUACCCAGCAGUUGCUCCAAAUGCAGCUCAAGUUCCUCGAGGAGCAAAUUGGAGCGCAUCGCAAGUCCCGCAAGGCGCUCUGCGCCAAGCAGCGCACCGCCAAGAAAGCUGGUCGUGAGUUUGCUGAGACGGACGCAGAGAAGCUCAAACUUGUUACAGAGGAGCAGAGCAAAAUCCAGAAACAGCUGGACCAGGUACGUAAGCAGCAGAAGGAACACACCAAUCUGAUAGCCGAGUACAGAAGCAAGCAGCAGCAGCACCAGCAAGGCUCUGGCCUCCUGGCCCCACCCGGACCCUCCACACAGGUACCCCACAUGGUUCCCAAGAUGCCUGCACAAGUCAUGAUGGGGCAACAGGGGCCUCCAAUGAUGGGCCAGCCUGUGAUGAUGCCCCAAGGGAUGCCUCAGGGGCAGCCCUUCAUGGGGGGAGCCCAGCCUCAGCACCCUGGAGCUCUAGGAGCCAGGCCCCCUGGUCCUCCUGGUCCCCCAGCAGGCUUCUUCCCUCAGGGACCAGGUGCACAAGGAGCCGAUCCUAGACUUCUGCACGAGCGACAGCUGCAGCAACGAAUGCAGAUUCAGAAGCUGCAACAACAACAGCAGCAGCAGCAGCAGGUUAUGAUGGGACAGCAGCCGAUGCCACACGCAACCCAGCAGCCAGGUUUGAUGGCGCAGCCACAGCCAGGUUUAAUGGCUAAUCCUUUGAUGUCUCAGCAACAACCAAAUCUUCAACAAGGCAUGCUGGGGAACCAGGCCAAUCAGCAAGGCAUGAUACAGGUGCACCAGGGCAUGGUGGGAGGCCCGGCUGUGGCCCAGUCACCACAGAGCCUCAUGGGUGGACAACCCAUGAACCAGCCUCAAGGCAUGAUGGCGGCUCAGCCAGGGAUGAUGGGCAACCAACCGAUUGUAACUCAGCAACUGCAGCAGAGGCCUCAGUUGAUGAUGGGCCAGCAAGGAGUGGUGGGACCUCAGCAGCAACUUGCACUGAGAGGGGCUCAGCCACAGCUUACCCCUCAGCAACAGAACAUUCUGGCUCAGCGCAUGCUGCUGUCCCAGCAGCAGCAGAAACUGCAGCAGCAACAGCAGCAAAUAGCACAACACAGAUUACCAACACAGGGAUUAAUCAACCAACUCAACCAGUCUCAAGAGCAGGGCGGACUCUCGCAACCUUCCACUCCUCAGAUGAGUUCUUCUCCCUCAGGGGGAAGCACCAGGGUCACUCCUCAACCCACAGAGGGCUUGCAGCAGGGCUUUCCCCAGGAAGCCCAAAACCCAGGAUCCAAAGAGGGAGCCAUCCUCAGUCCCAGGACCCCACCUCACCAGGGUGGACCUUCAACCCCUAUCCAGAUGGCCCAGCAAGGACCUGCUGGAGAUCCGCAGGGAGACAUGGGACACCAGCAGACUCAGAUAUUCAUGGGCCAACAGCAGCAACAUGCUGGACUUCAGCCACAGCAGCCAGGUUAUAUGGGGAACCCGCAAGCUGGCAUUCACCCUCAAGUCCAGCAACAGCAACUUCAACGGCAGAGCUCCCUCAAUGCUGACAAGUCUGGUUUAGUCAUGGUGAAGGAGGAAGGGCAGCAAAUGUGUUUUAUGGCCCAGCAGCAGCAACAGCAAGUGUCCCAAAACGUUUUGCCGCAGUCCCAAGAUCCAAGUGUACAACAACAUGAUGGGAUGGGCCAGAUGCAGAAUGUAAUGGGUCCAAACCACCCUGGGCAAUCUCAGCCUGGCAUGGUGGUAAGCCAUCCAAGUCCCCAGCAACAAGCUCUCAUGCAGAAACAGGCUUUGAUGACCCAGAUGGGCUUGUUGAGACCUCCGCAGGGAAUGAUGCCCCAGAGACCUGGUGGUCCACCUGGACAGAUCCGUACCCCUAUCAACCUCCAGGCCAUCAUCGCCCAGAACCCCCAGCUCCGCAACCUUCCGCCCAACCAGCAGAUUCAGCACAUUCAGGCUAUGAUUGCCCAGCGGCAGCUCCAACAGGGCCAGCUAUUGAGGAUGUCUAUGAACCAGCAAGGUCAGCCAGGCCAGAUGAGGCCUCAAGCGCCUCUGGGUCAGGUGCAGCCUGGGGGACAGAGGAUGCCAGGGAUGGAGGGUCAGCAGCAGAUACACUAUGCGACGAUGGGGAAACCUGGAGCCGUGGGUUCCCCUCAACAACCAGGGAUGAUGGUAGGUCAACCAGCAGGUGGAGUUCCUCAGAUGCAACCGGGGAUGGCGGUAGCCGGGCAACAGCAAUUUCAACACCCAGGCCAGCAGCAGCAGAUGAUGCAGCAGGUCCAACAGCAGCAGAUGAUAAGAGGCCCAGUGCCAAUGGCUCCCUCCCCAAUGGGCCAGAUCCGUGGCCCACCGCAGGGCCGCCUCAUCCGGCCCAUGUCGCCUCGACAGCCCAUGGGGAACUCUCCUGUAGAUCCACAACGCCACGCCAUGGCUCAGGCAAUGGGGAUACGCCCCGCUACCCCUAAUCAACACCAACAGCAGCCCCACCUCACACCUGCAUCAGGACGCUUACCAGGUUCACCUUCUCACGCCGGCUCCCCGGGAGGUCUCUCAGUCCAGAGGCUCGAGUCAGGCAUGAGCCCAGCUACUCCAGGCACUCCCUACUCCACCCAUGCUCCAUCUCCAUCGCUAUCUGAGGGUGGUGCAGGAAGAGGAAGCCCUUAUAGCCAAGCCAGAGCCGCUUCUCUGAGAUCUCCCGGAUCCAAAAGUCCUCUCGAUUAUCCAGGGCUCAAAACCGAGUGUCAAACAUCAAGCAAUGAAAAUCCUCAAAGCCACGUUCCACCAAAUGGAUCACUGCACCAAAGUGGGCAAUCCCAGCUACCACUGCAGAGUGCGGACAUCCAAGGCUCCCAGAUGCAUCCUGGAAUAAGAGAAGGGGACUUGUGCAAGAUGACCCUGCAGAACAUAAAGCAAGAGCCUCGGGAGGUGCAGUGUGACACUGAAGGGGGAAGUGAAGCUCAUUCUGGGCCUAUCAAGAGGGAAGCCACCGGGGAACCAGUCAGUUCUGGCAACACAGCCGGGUUCGGCAGCUCUGGGGCUGGUCCUGGAAACGUGGCGGGGGACCCUGGGGCACACGUCCCACGGUCCGAGACUGGCCAGCAGCUCCUCCAGAAGCUCCUGAGAACCAAGAACCUGCAUCUGGCGGCACAGAGACCCUCCGACGGCAUCCACAACGAGAUCAAUGGUCACAUCAACAGCAAGCUGGCCAUGCUGGAGCAGAAACUGCAAGGGACUCCACGCAACAUGGAGGACUUGCAAUCCAUCACAAAGAGGACUCCUGUGGCCAAGGGCAAGCGCACAACCAAGGCUGGAGAACGAGGACCCAACUCUCGCAAGAAGACUAAAAAGGAGGAAGUUGGCAAGAGCACCGAAGCCCUGAUGAAACAACUCAAGCAGGGACUUUCUUUACUUCCACUGAUGGAGCCCUCCAUUACUGCCAGCCUGGACUUGUUUGCUCCUUUUGGCAGCAGCCCAGCCAAUGGCAAGGCACAGCUCAAGGGCUCCUUCGGCAACGCAAUGUUGGAUAACAUCCCAGACUACUACUCUCAGCUACUUACCAAGAGCAACCUAAGUAACCCACCGACUCCGCCCUCGUCACUGCCCCCUACGCCGCCGCCCUCGGUACAGCACAAGAUGCUCAACGGGGUGACGGCUGUGGAGGAGCUGUCCGAGGGCCAGAAAGACACAGAGACCAUGGAAGACCCUAUGGAUUCGGUCUCUGAGGAGGUGAAGAGCGUGGACAUCCUAGCAGCCCUGCCAACUCCGCCUCACAAUCAGAACGAAGACAUCAGGAUGGAGAGUGACGAUGACAGCGAUGCCCCAGACAGCAUCAUACCGGCUUCUUCCCCCGAGAGUGACCUUGGCGAGGAGGCGUGUCGUUUCCCCCACCUCCGCGAGCCCAAAGAGGAGGAGAGUGAGCGAGCCAUCUCCCCCAUCAUCCCCCUCAUUCCUCAAACGGCCAUACCAACGUUUCCAGACAGCAAACCCUUUGAGGCAGUAGACAGCAAAGGGGCGUCAACAACCAACCCCUGGGACAAGUCCAAGAGCAACGAGGUGUCGGUCACCUUCACAAUGUCUUCUGCUGCAGCCAAGAAUUUAAACCAUGUGAUGGUGGCCAUGGCCCGGCUGCUCAACAUGCGGAUGCCUGGUUCCUACGAGGUGACCUUCCCUCCGGGCAGGCCAGCAUCGGCCGGCCCUGGGAAAGCUUCUGACCAACCAGGUGGCCUGUGUAUGAAGACCGCUCCCAUGGAUGAUGGCUCCUCGAGUCAGGACGAGUGGCUGAGGCAGUUUGAUGUGUCUCUACCGGGGUGCACGUUGAAGAAACAGGUGGACAUCCUCUCACUCAUCAAACAGGAGUUCCCAGAACAGGAGGACAAACCGGUUCAGCAUUGUUACACAACCAAUGUGUCAGACUUGGACGUACGCCACCUACCCAUUAUCCCUGUGGAAGCCUCGCCACCCCCAUCGCCCUCUCCGCCUCCGCCGCCACCACCACCAACCGCUCUGGCGCCGCCUAGUGACCGCAGUAAAGCGGAGCCUCCCACCCAGCCUGCCUCCCCCUCGCCUUCCCCAUCCAACCCCAGCAAUGUCCAGAUCAAGACCGAACCUGAGCAGGAAGCCAUUGCCCCUCCGGCUGAUGCUAAUGCUACCACUGGCCCAGAUGCUCCUCUCGAUGCCCCAGAUGUAGACCCUGUGCCAGAAGCAGCUCCAGACCCUGUCUCUGAGGACUCCACUACCCAGCAACCCCCAGAGGACUCUCUGCCUCCGGACUCCCCCAGCAUGGAGAUGUCCCUCAAGGCUGCAAAGCAGCGCAGCCGGCCCCUCUCCCCUGACGAGGAAGAGGAGGAGGAGGAAGAGGCGGUCCGGCCCAAGCUGAAGAAGUGGAAGGGCCUCCGCUGGAAGCGUCUGCAGAUCGUCAUCACCAUCCGCAAGGGCAGCUCGCGCAAGGAGAACAGCCGCGAGGUGUCGGAGCUGAUGGAGCGCCUGCGCAUCACGCUGCGGCCCGACAAGCUGCCCCGCGACCGCCGCAAGUGCUGCUUCUGCCACGAGGAGGGCGACGGCUCCACCGACGGCCCCGCCCGCCUGCUCAACAUCGACGUGGACCUGUGGGUGCACCUCAACUGCGCCCUGUGGUCCACCGAGGUGUACGAGACGCAGGGCGGCGCCCUCAUCAACGUGGAGGUGGCCCUGCGGCGGGGCCUGCGCUCCCGCUGCGCCUGCUGCCAGAAGACGGGCGCCACCAACAGCUGCAACCGGCUGCGCUGCCCCAACGUGUACCACUUUGCCUGCGCCAUCCGGGCGCGCUGCAUGUUCUUCAAGGACAAGACCAUGCUGUGCACGCAGCACAAGCUCAAGGGGCCCAGCGAGGAGGAGUUGAGCACCUUCGCCGUGUUCCGCCGCGUCUACAUCGAGCGCGACGAGGUCAAGCAGAUCGCCAGCAUCCUGCAGCGCGGCGACCGCGUCCACAUGUUCCGCGUGGGCGGCCUCAUCUUCCACGCCGUGGGCCAGCUGCUGCCCUCGCAGAUGAGCAACUUCCACUCGGCCACCGCCAUCUUCCCCGUGGGCUACGAGGCCACGCGCAUCUACUGGAGCACGCGCGUGCCCAACCGCCGCUGCCGCUACCGCUGUCGCAUCGGCGAGUGCGACGGCUGGCCGCUGUUUGAGGUGCGUGUGCUGGAGCACGGCCAGGAGGACCUGCACUACCGCGACACCAGCCCCGAGGGAAUAUGGAACAAGGUGGUGCAUUCGGUGGCCAAGCUGCGCAAUGAAUCUGCCAUGCUCAAGCUCUUCACCGACCACGUGAAGGGAGAGGAGAUGUACGGCGUCACGGUCCACGCGGUGAUGCGCAUCAUCGAGUCGCUGCCAGGAGUAGAGAACUGUCAGAACUACGUGUUCCGCUACGGCCGCCACCCCUUGAUGGAGCUGCCCCUCAUGAUCAACCCCACAGGCUCUGCUCGCUCCGAACCCAAAGUCCUGACCCACUGCAAGAGGCCCCACACUUUAAACAGCACCAGUGUGUCCAAGGCCUACCAGAGCACCUUCACAGGGGAGAUCAACACCCCCUACAGCAAGCAGUUCGUCCACUCCAAGUCCUCCCAGUACCGCCGCCUCAAGACCGAGUGGAAGAACAACGUGUAUCUGGCGCGCUCACGCAUCCAGGGCCUGGGCCUGUACGCAGCCAAGGACCUGGAGAAACACACCAUGGUCAUCGAGUACAUCGGCACCAUCAUCCGCAACGAGGUGGCCAACCGCCGCGAGAAGAUCUACGAGGAACAGAACCGUGGGAUCUACAUGUUCCGCACUAACAACGAGCACGUGAUAGACGCCACCCUGACGGGCGGCCCGGCUCGCUAUGUCAACCACUCCUGCGCCCCCAACUGUGUCGCGGAGGUCGUGACCUUCGACAAAGAGGACAAGAUCAUCAUUAUUUCCAGCCGCAGGAUCCCAAAGGGAGAAGAGCUAACGUACGACUAUCAGUUUGACUUCGAGGACGAUCAGCACAAGAUCCCUUGCCAUUGCGGAGCCUGGAAUUGCCGAAAGUGGAUGAACUGAUGAAGAUUGAGAAAGAGAGAGGGAAAACUAAACUGGUGGAUUGCCUCUACCUGGUGCCAGAUCAGUCCUGCGCCAAAGCCUUUAGAAUCGUACUUUACCCAGUUCAUAAGCUGUUCUGAAAGAAACGAGGGGAUGACCAGAUCCUCCUCCUUGCAAUGGAAGACGACUUUAGCAUUUAUAGCCAAAGGUCUGAAAAAGCAUUAACAGAGAAACGCCACCUUCAGCAGAAAGGUGGAGGACAACAAUAUUUACCUUUUUGGUGGAUAUGUGUGGUGACCCCCCCCCCCCUCUGCCAAAAGCAGCCCUUCCUUCCUUCACUGCUAGAACCUCCUUCAAUAACCCGACUGGCUGGAAACAAUCUUCUCGACCAAAUGAUUAGAAUCCUCUGUCAAAUCAAUCCUCUUUUAGUGUGAAGCUUCACCUCUGGAGCUUUGAUGAAAGCCAUGUUAAAUGACUAAGAAUGAACUAACGUGUUCCUUUUUAAGUUGGACCUACUCUUCUAAAGCCCUCACUGCACCUCCCAGGAAUAAGACGCUUCCCCGUGUCAGCAAGGAAGACUCGCGCGUAGAUAUCGGUUCGCUAGACAAUCCUUAAGUGGCUCUGUACAAAAAAUAUAUGCUUGAUUGACGGGGAUGUAACGAUGUAAAAAAAUAAUAUAAAAGUUGCGACGCUAUUGACCUGUGGGUUCCAGAAUAAGAUGUAUAAGAUUAUAAAUGGUGGGUUAGUUGGACCCAAGUCUACCUCAUUGAUUUUAGUGGGAAGUGACUGCUUUGGAUAAAACUGUCAACUGCUACUGUGGAACUGGGGCGGUGUUUUCAAAGGCGUAUGCCUUCUCGGACAAGCAGGGAAACUCAAGCAGCAGGUUUGCUCUAUCUACUACUCUAUGCUGAUCAUUUACAAUAAUGAGCCAACAAUUAUCCUUCUUCACAGAUUGUGUAUACAUUGAGUAAACAAGUUAUUAAUAAUUUUUUGCCAGCUAAGAUCAUGCAUUAAGAAAUCUAUCAGAAAUUGGAUCCUGGGGGUGGGAGGGGCCCGUCUGGAUUUCAUGUAGUUCUUUGUUUUUCCUAUUUAUCCAUUUAGAAACCAUGCUUCUUUUGUGUCAGUGCACCACCCAGUGUGUGUGUGGCUUUAAGUGAAGCAGAAUCUGAGUCCAGCAGAGUGGAGGCAGCGCUCGUCUCUCCCGCUGCUUGUGUUCAGCUCGCUGGCGGACGCAAGACCGCUGUCCCAUUUAACAUGGUUUUUAUUUGUUCUACGACACCCCCCCCCCUCCAUUUUCUAUUUGAUGUCUCUUCUCCAAUAACCUAAAUCAUGCCUCUUCCUUUCUUGAACUUGUAGUGUGGACUGUUGUAAACUAAACUGUAGGAAGUCUUUCUCUGCCUGGCCACAGCCUAUAUAUAUUUACUCCCUAUAUUGUGGUUGGAUAGUGGUAGUAGUGUCUUCUGGAGGCUUGAAGCAAUGGCAGGGGAAGACUCGUUCAAAACAAAAAAAAAAGGGCAUUUGUUUUCUCUUAAUUUAAGUCAAUUUAAAAACCGAGUAAGUCUUUUAAAGAAGGGAGAUUGACGAGGACUUCAUCUUCCCAGUGCUACUUUGUUUCCUCUCCCCGGACCCCCAAGACCUCAUGAUAAAAUGCAAAAGUGUACAAACUGUAUAUAUACACACAUUUAGGGGACAACAAACUCUUUAUCCAAACCCCUUUUUAAAUCAAUAGUCAAGAAAUUUAGAGAAAUACAAUUCAUGAAAAUAAUCAACCACUGGAUAUCCUUUUAUCAGAAAGAUUAAGCUGUAUAUAUAUAAAUAUAUGUAAAAUGGCAAACUAAUAUCUUGAUAUGUAUAUGAACCGGAGUGUUUUUGCAUUUACCUGUUUUUCUAUUAGCGUUUUUUGCUAUAAGCUUUCGAAGACAGUUUGUUAAAAUAGAUAUGUGAAAAUGUCUGGUCUUCUCCACAUACUUGGAACGAGAAGCCGAGGUGAUUACGAAAUAGUUCUAGAAAGGAUCUAUGUGGAAAAUUCAUGAUUAUUAAACAUGAGAAUCACAUUGCGUAAAGCAGUACAAUGGUGCAUAGCAUUUGUGUAUGUAUGUAAUAUCGGUCACGUGUUCAUUUAUUUUUAUUUAUGCUACUGCUUGUUGAUUACCAAAACCUAUCCCUUGAUCAGUCAUUCAUUGGAAUUACGAUUAGUAAAUGGAAGAUCUUGAACUCCCUAGGACAUUACUGUUAUGAAUAUUAGUGCUUUGUUAUUUUUUAUCCUCCCUAUAGAAGUGAAUGUGUUGGUUAUACCUUGUGAAAUGGUUACUUGGCCUAAUGUAUGUUGAAAGUUAACCCCUUACUUACCUGAGAAUGAAUUGCACUCUUAGUAUAUGGAGUACUUCUCAAGUGGUAGAUAUUGAUCAAUUACCAACGGCAGUGAUUUCUUUUUCUCGGUAUGGUUAGAUUAAGGGAACACCAUGACGAACAUUUUGCCGCUCACUGGAUUUUAGCCUGAAUAAUUCGUACUUUUUACCAUGUUUGAAUCUUAAUUUAAAUUCUCUGCAUAUCUUAAUUUAAUAGAUUGCUCAAGUUGAAGGUUUUCUUUUUGUUUUUUUUUAACCAAACCUUCUUUUUAAAAAGGUGUUGCAUCUGUACAGCAGAGAUACUUUUAGGGAAUAUGAAUAAAUAUAAAUGAUCAUU